GUCACCUGACGCACUUGACAGCCCUUUGCGGACGCCGAGUCAGCUGAUUGUUGGAGUUGCGUUACGUGCCGGCUGGUCUGGGGCUCUCCAGUCUCGUCUCCCCUGCUGCAGCCAUGUCGUUCUUCCCGGAGCUAUACUUCAACGUAGACAAUGGCUACUUGGAGGGACUGGUGCGCGGCCUGAAGGCCGGGGUGCUCAGCCAGGCCGACUACCUCAACCUGGUGCAGUGCGAGACUCUUGAGGACUUGAAGUUGCAUCUGCAGAGCACAGACUAUGGCAACUUCCUGGCCAAUGAGGCCUCACCUCUGACAGUCUCAGUCAUUGAUGACCGGCUCAAGGAAAAGAUGGUGGUGGAGUUCCGCCACAUGAGGAACCAUGCCUAUGAGCCACUUGCUAGCUUCCUGGACUUUAUUACUUACAGCUACAUGAUUGACAAUGUGAUCCUGCUCAUCACGGGCACGCUGCAUCAGCGCUCCAUUGCCGAGCUUGUACCCAAGUGCCACCCACUAGGCAGCUUCGAACAGAUGGAAGCUGUGAACAUCGCACAGACACCUGCUGAGCUCUACAAUGCCAUUCUGGUGGACACGCCCUUGGCGGCAUUUUUCCAGGACUGCAUCUCAGAACAGGACCUUGAUGAGAUGAACAUUGAGAUCAUCCGCAACACACUCUACAAGGCCUACCUGGAGUCCUUCUACAAGUUCUGCACCUUACUGGGCGGGACCACAGCUGAUGCUAUGUGCCCCAUCCUGGAGUUUGAAGCAGACCGCCGCGCCUUCAUCAUCACCAUCAACUCUUUUGGCACAGAGCUGUCCAAGGAGGACCGUGCCAAGCUAUUCCCGCACUGUGGGCGCCUCUACCCUGAGGGCCUGGCUCAGCUGGCUCGGGCUGAUGACUAUGAGCAGGUCAAGAAUGUGGCCGAUUACUACCCGGAAUACAAGCUGCUUUUUGAGGGUGCAGGCAGCAAUCCUGGAGACAAGACCCUGGAGGACCGAUUCUUUGAGCAUGAGGUGAAACUGAACAAGUUGGCCUUCCUGAACCAGUUCCACUUUGGUGUCUUCUAUGCCUUUGUGAAGCUCAAGGAGCAGGAGUGUCGCAAUAUUGUGUGGAUUGCUGAGUGCAUUGCCCAGCGCCAUCGCGCCAAGAUUGACAACUAUAUCCCCAUCUUCUAGCAUCCUGACCCAAGGCUCCCAAAUGUACUGUGUAUGUCUGUGUAUGCUGUGAUGAAGCCCAUGGCUCACCUGCCUAUCCUUGGGUGGGUAGCACAUUGUCCUAGGGGCUGUGCAGCUUCCCUGACCCUCACCCCCAUCCAGGACUGCUUUUCGGUAUGAAAGAGCUGGGUACUUCUCCCCUCACCAAGAUGCCCUCAGAGAAAUGAGGCCCCUUCAGCCCUAUGUUUACAGCCACUGACAUGUCUGAGAAGCAUGUGGUCACCUUCAUGUCCCUCUCUAACCUGAGAAACCUGGAGGCAGUAAGACCUCCCUUUCCCAGAGCCGUGGCCCAUGGGAAAGAUAGAAUGUGUAUUGUGGGGCAUAGGAAAGGUAGCUCUCCCUCAGGUCGAUCUGAGACAAUAAAACUGCCCUAAUCCACUGUCUGUUGCUUCCUUUGGGUCACGGUACCCCUCACAGAUCCCCAACUUCCCUCAUGAUCACACCCUUUCUGAAUUCACUCUGAAAUUAGCAGUCCAAAUUCCUCAGGGUUAGGGGAGUACCUAAAGGAUAGCCCCUUCCUCUGCUGGAGCUCAAAUGCAGAGACAGGCCUGCCGAGCUGGGUCCUGGGGGCCUCCAAGACUCUUAAUUGUUUUAUUGAUCUCUACAACUCUCUGUGAUCAUGAUUAUUAUCCUCAUUUCAUUAUGAAGAAACCCAGAAAUAAGUAUAAAUGAUUUGCCUGAGGUAAAUGGAAGAGGGAGUAUAUAAACCAGAGUAUGCUAGGGGUGGGCCAGGGAUUUAGCUCACUGGUUUCACCAACUGCCUUGCAAGCGCAGGGACCUGAGUUCGACCCCCCUACACCAAAAAAAAAAAAAACAACAAAAAAAAACAAAAAACUAGAGUAUGCCAGGGGAGCCCAUUCAGGUCUGUGCACAGAGCCCUGGUUCUCCACUUCUACCAUAUAGCCACAUCCUGUCACCAAGGCUAACCAGGCAAUCACCCCCUCCAAACACCACCUCCUCCAUUCUAGGAGAAAUAAAAAUUUAUCUUUAUUUAAAAAGUAGCAAUCAGGCAAGUAAGGUAUGCUGCUUCCCUGUGGCUUGGAAGUGAGGGGCUGGGGUCUGAAGUCUUGAGCCAGUCAAGAGGCAGUUGGGAUACCCUGGAAUUGUAGCACUUGAGGCACUGGUGCCAAGAAACAAUCCUGAGGGGGUCCCCAAUCCACCCACUUGUGUGUGUGU